CUGUGGCUUCCACGCCCUGGUUUUUCUUCUCGGUAUAAAAGCAACGUUGUUUUUGCUAUGUGACAGUUUCCCACAAGCCAGGCUGAUCCUUUUCUGUCAGUCCACUUCACCAAGCCUACCCUCAGACAAGAACCCAAUGCCCAACCCCAGGCCCACCAAGCCUUCGGCCCCUUCUUUGGCCCUCGGCCCAUCCCCAGGAGCUUCACCCAGCUGGAAGGCUGCACCCAAGGCCUCAGACCUGCUGGGGACGAGGGGCCCAGGGGGAACCUUCCAGGGCCGGGACCUCCGAGGCGGAGCCCAUGCCACCACCGCCUCCUCCUUGAACCCCAUGCCACCAUCGCAACUGCAGCUGCCCACAGUGCCCCUAGUCAUGGUGGCACCCUCUGGGGUGCGGCUGGGCCCUUCGCCCCACUUGCAGGCACUCCUCCAGGACAGGCCACACUUCAUGCACCAGCUCUCAGCAGUGGAUGCCCACGCCCGGACCUCCGUGCUACAGGUGCGCCCACUGGAGAGCCCAGCCAUGAUCAGCCUCCCGCCACCAACUGCCACCACCGGGGUCUUCUCCCUAAAGGCCCGGCCCGGCCUGCCACCUGCAAUCAACGUGGCCAGCCUGGAGUGGGUGUCCAGGGAGCCAGCACUGCUCUGCACCUUCCCAAGCCCUGGCGUACCCAGGAAGGACAGCACCCUUUCGGCCGCGCCGCAGGGCGCCUACCCACUACUGGCAAAUGGCGUGUGCAAGUGGCCUGGAUGCGAGAAGGUCUUUGAGGAGCCAGAGGACUUCCUCAAGCACUGCCAGGCAGACCAUCUCCUGGACGAGAAGGGCAGGGCGCAGUGUCUCCUCCAGAGAGAGGUGGUACAGUCUCUGGAGCAGCAGUUGGUGCUGGAGAAAGAGAAGCUGGACGCCAUGCAGGCCCACCUGGCCCGGAAAAUGUCACUGAGCAAGGAUCCAUCUGCGGCCCCAUCGGACAAGAGCUCCUGCUGCAUUGUAGCUGCUGGCACCCAGGGCAGUGCUGUGCCGGCCUGGCCCAGCCCCCAGGAAGCCUCAGACAGCCUGUUCGCUGUACGGAGGCACCUGUGGGGCAGUCAUGGCAAUAGCACAUUCCCAGAGUUCUUCCACAACAUGGACUACUUCAAGUUCCACAACAUGCGGCCCCCUUUCACCUACGCCACCCUCAUCCGCUGGGCCAUCCUGGAGGCCCCAGAGAAGCAGCGGACACUCAACGAGAUCUACCACUGGUUCACGCGCAUGUUUGCCUUCUUCCGAAACCACCCUGCUACCUGGAAGAAUGCCAUCCGCCACAACCUGAGCCUGCACAAGUGCUUUGUGAGGGUGGAGAGUGAGAAGGGGGCUGUGUGGACCGUGGAUGAGUUUGAGUUCCGCAAGAAAAGGAGCCAGAGGACCAGCAGGUGCUCCAACCCCACACCUGGCCCCUGACCUCAAAGCAAGGAAAGAAGGAUGGACAGGCCA